AUGCUCCACCAUCGCUCAAUGCUUCUACAGCGCAAGCGAACUACUCCAAUAGAUGUGUCUCUGUUAUUUACUCGCCAAUUUUCUGUCGCCCACAGACCAGCGAAAGAUAUCUCAAAUCAGGGCAGCAAAAAUGUAGUAAAUCGGUCAAAUUCGUCUACUGUCUCGCCCUCUCGCGUCCCUAGUAAGACUAACGUUCCGCCGAGUUCUCAGUCAAAAGCCACCCAUUUCGAUCGCCCUCGUCCCCGAAGAGUUGUCGACGCAAGAUCCUUGGGGACUCCUCAGGCCGGUGGCCCUCCUGCAAAUGUUCUCAGAAUUCCAAGACUCCGUAAUCGUAACGGACCACCAGCUUACAGACAUGGGAACCGUAAUCCCACAAAGCCUUCGGCCUCAAAGGGCAGAAAGGAAGGCCGUUCUCUGACCGCAAAACAUUCGGACAUGGAUGAUGGCGAUGUUGUACAAAGAACUGAAAUCGAAGACGGGUACCGAAAACUCGCGGAACGAACAAAGACUGUCCCAAGCCAUUAUAGCCCUCAAGCUCCCGCAUUAUCCAGCUUGGUGGAAACUUGGCCAUCUUUUCCCACAAAUGUUACUGGCUACAGUGCCGGGAUUCUGAAGACCUUGCUGUGGCUAAGUGACCGGACUCCAAAUGGCUAUGUUCCACCCUAUGAGCUGGGUAGCCGGCUCUUCAAUGGCCGAUAUGUUUACUUCCUUGACCAAGAGGAGAACAAUCAGGCAUCAAUGGAGGCCAUGAAACUUUCUCAACAAAGUGCAGACAAGAAUUCGCAGCGCAAAGGCGGACUUGUUGAACCUAAAGAAGUUCACUUCGAACCAAUAAAUACGGAGAGCCGGAAUGCUCUAUUACAGUCUUUUGUUCAGGGAAGUUAUCCCAAAAAUGACCAUGUUGGAAAACCAGCCCUUGUUGUGGAUGCGAUGAAGAAUCUCAAAAAUAAUGAGACGUAUGUGACAGCCGGGAAAAGCUUGCAGUUUAUUUCCAAACUAGAGUCCCUCUUGGCUUCAAAUCGUCCCGUGAAAAGUGUUUGA